AUGGCUUAAAACUUUAGACUUAUUUUGCUAGUACUAACUGCUAACUUGCUCUGUCGUGAAACUAGUUAGCAAUGUUUCAUCUUCAAAGAUGUCUAUGAGGUAAUGAAAACGUUGACAUUUACUUAAAAAUUCUCAUUAACUACUCUCAAUCUAUUUGAUGUAUGCGCUUUUUCAAGGACUUCUUACUAUGGAAAUGAGCAUUUGCCGUAUAGGGAAAUCACUCGAAAGCUACUUUAAUGGAAAGACAAUGAGACUCCAGAUGAUUUUGAUUUUGUUGGCUACAACUAGAAACUUGAGAAAUUCUCUGAAAGUGGAAACUUCAAUAACACGAUUAAGUACAAAUGGAGCGAUAAUCUAAGAAUUCCUUUAACAACUCAUAGAGUGUGGAUAACAGGUAUGUAGGACCCAAAGGAACUCAUUGAUCUCAUUGGAAAUAAAGUACAGGAUAAACUAAAUUCAACAUAUGAUUAUUUCGAUACCUCGGCUAAAUAAAUAGGUAGAAAGUGGACCCAUUUUUUAUGGAUUUAAGAUUAAAAGAUCUUGCCCAAAACAGUAAGAAUGUUUGCAAGUUUUGGGGUAAGUGUCAGAUCUGUAUACGAACUAGAGGCAAUGAAGGAAGAUAGAAUUAGGAGAUAAUUUGAAUUUUAUGUUGAUAAUGGUCCAAGAGCAGUUGCUGCAGCAAGUGACUUUAUUAGAGCAAUAGCAGUUUAUGAGUAUGGUGGAUUAUAUUUUGAUAACGACUAUAUGAUUGAGGAGUGGGACUACAAUAUAAACCACUACUUAGAUUUUAUUUCUACUCGUUUACUAGUAACUACCAAAUUAAUAGGUCUUAGCAAUGCCUGUUUUGCAGCAAAAUAAGGUCAUCCGAUUAUGGAAAACUAUAUUAAGAUCAUGGUAGAUUUGUUCAAAUUUUAUGACGAGGAGGACCAAAGAUCUCAUACUCUCAAUAGUUGUACUUUUAGAACAGUGGGAUCAACAAUCUUUGGAACGGGCCCUGCUAUUUUCUCUGCAGUAGCUUAUAAUUUCUUUAAUUAAGAUGGCAAUCAAGAUAGUGUAAUUAAUAGGGGUUGGGAAAAAACUUAGUAUGCUGAUAUUGAUGUUGUUGAUAUGUUUGGCAAUGAAAGUGGGCUGACAAUUAAACUAACGAGUUCCGAUAUGAUGUCAAACUCAUGGAGGAAUGAUCUUAAGGAUGUUAGAGUUUUUGGUUUCCCAGAGUUCAAUGAGUUUUGA